CCUGCCUUCGGGCACCAGGACGGGUGCAUCUCUGGGUCCUGCUUGGGCUUCACGGGCACACAGAGCCCGCAUCCUGUGGCGGCAGAGCCUGGAGGAGCCCCGAGGCAGCUCUGUGGACACUGGCAGCUUGGGGAGAGGAGCACAGGGGUGGCCGGGCAACUCCACUUGGCCACUGACUCCUAGUGGGCCCCAGAAGUAGCAAGGGAGUCCGGCGGGGCCAGCACAUGGCCAGAUGGAAGCGCACAGCCUCUGGCUGGCUCAGCCUGGGGAGGAGGGCAGCUGGGGGAGGCCCAGAGCGUGCCUGUGCAUUUGGGGGCAGGCAGGUGGGGGCUGUGCUGCCCAGUGGGUGGUGCUUUCAGCACAAGGAAGUAAAAGCCCCUGAGCAGCUUUGGAGAGGCCUGCGACUGCAGCACAGGGGGGAGGGGAGGCCUCAGCCCCCCCACCCCCCAUUGCCCUGGGGACGCUUUCUCCUCAGGAUGUGAGUGCCUGGAGCUGGCCCUGGGACUGCAGUGCGGGCUCUGGCUGUGGGGCCACCGGUGGACAGGGCAGGGCCUUGGAGAGAGGGGAGCAGAGGCCGCCUGCGUUGGCUCCCUGGGCUCCCUCCAGCCAGUGUCCAGACCCUUGGAGACCCGGGACGCCAGGGAGCCCCAGCCGGUGGUGUGAAGCCGGUGUUUCUUGGUAACUGGGGCAGCCCCCGCUGGGGCCUGCAGGUGCUGCUGGGGUGCGGGGUGGUCCUAGGAGAGUGCUGGCCUCCUGUGGGCUCCGUUUCUUCUCGCCUAACGUGGGGUAGGUAUCGGAGGCUCGCUCCUGCCCACACCGGGGCCGGCACGCUCUGUGAGGUAGGAAGCUCGCGCUGAGGCCUUCAGCCUGCUCCUGUGAGCUGGGGAGGAAGCGGAGGGAGGUGAGCCCGGGGGGCCAGGCCAGGCAGUGGGGAGGGGUGGAGAACAGGGCCCGGUGACUCACGAGAACAGAAUGUCCUCUUUCCCUUUUAUUUCCCAGUGGGUUUUCUGUGAGGGCAGCGGAGGGAGGUGUUGGGGGGAGGGGAGUUAAAUUCACCAUGCAGGACACGUUAGGUUUCUGUAGGGCACCGAGUGCGGCCAGCUCUAUCUCUGUAGUCCUUCGAGACCACCUCUCCUUCUCCAUCCCCCGUCCCCAUUCUGCCCUGGCCGGGGCCUCACUCCCCAGCCUGGACUCCUGCCAGUUUGUCCACCUUUGGCUCUGCCCCUCUGGGAGCAUCUCCACUCGGACUUACAGACGGGCUGAGGAAGGGAAAGAGGUUCCCCCCAGACCUCGGGAAAGGCCGGAGACAGCGGCGCUCGGCGUGGGCUGCACCCCCACACCUGCCGCAGGGAACCCACACAAACAACAGGCGCACGAGAAGUCACAGAACCAACAAUCAAGCUUCAAGCAGGGUCCCUGCCCCAGCACCCCAUAUCAGCUGCAUCUGUUCGCUGGUGUUGGGAAUUCAGCCAGAAGCCACAGCGCUGCAGGCAGGCAGAGAAUCUGGCUCCUUCCCGGGGGCCGCAGUGCGCUCCCUGCCUGUGGAGGAGGAGCCCAGUGCCCGGCCUGUCCAUUCAUCUCAGCAAAGGGAGAGAGAAUCUGCAGGCUAUCUGUGGCCUAACAGUUCCCUCGGGCCUUGGGGCAAUUGCAAAGGGCCAGGCUGUGUGACCUUGGCCAGCCCUUUGCUCUCUCUGAUGAGUAAGCCUGCAGCCGAUUGCUCUGUGGUUGCAUGGUGCCUCCAAAGAACACUGACCCAGGGGUGGCCGCAGGGAGGUCCCUCCUCGGCCCCCACUGACGAGCGGCGGGCUCUGAGCAGCCCAUCGGCAUCUGUGUCUCGCCACGCAGGGCUGCUGGGAAGCUCACAGGACAUGGUGCCUGCUGUGUUCCGCCCCUUUCGUUUCUGUUCCUCGUGGUUCCAUUUCUCAGAGGAGGGGCGCUACUAAUUCCUCUGGGGGGGGGGGAGCAGUCUUCAGAGAUGCGGGGUGGGAGGGCUCUGAUCAGUGAGGGCCAGCAGGGAGGCCUCUCCGCAGACUUGACUCAGUGGACUGAGCCUGGCUCAUUUCCCUGGACCUCCCCAGCAGGGGGCAGGGCAGGGGCAGCUUGGGGUGUGCAGAAGGGGCGGGGUGAGGCCUGUCCCCCAGGCAGCUGGGAGGCCCCGGCCCUCACUCACAAUUGGAGGAAGGCCUUCAGGAAGUGCUCGCAGCUGCUCGGACAUCUCAGAGCCAAGUUUCAGGCAGGACCACAGCGGCAGCACCCAGGGAGGAGCGGCAUGGCCCGGAGGCCACAGCCCCAGGUGCAGCCAUGGCCGGCCCUCGCAGAGCCCAGGGCACCACCGUUGGCCCCGGGCUGUCCAGGCUCGCCCUGAGCAGCAUCUCCUGCCCUCCAUGUCCGGAGAGUCUCUGCUCGCAUCUUCCAGGACUGCGCUUCUAGAAGCUGCCGGUAGAACUGACCACAGCUCGUGCAAGCCUGGCCAAGGGUUAGAAGAGAGAAGAGAUGGACUGUGAUCCCAGCAGCAGGGCCAGGUGGGGGUGCCUGGCAGCCUAGGGCAGGCAGGGCCAGGGGCCUCUGUGUGGCUUCGCAGGGCCCAGGCUCCCCCACCCUGGCUUUAAUGGGGGGCUGAGGCUCCCACAUGCCCCAUGCUUGCUCAAUGGGUCGGCGGCCAUGGAAACGGCAGUGAUUGGGGUGGUGGCGGUGCUGCUCCUGGUCACUGUGGCCGUCACCUGCAUCCUAUGCUGCUUCAGCUGUGACUCGAGGACCCCGGAUCUUGAGGAGGGCCCUGGCCACAGUUUCACGGUGGCCACGUUUCGCCGGGAGGCGUCCCUCUUCACGGGGCCCACUCGCCAAACCCAGCCAGGGCCGAGUGCUCGGGACUUCUGGUCCUUCAUGUGACAUCCUGCAGCCGCUCUGCUAGGGGGCCGCGCUCAGCCGCCCUGCUCGCAAGCCCACACCUCCGCGUCCUGCAGCCCUGUGCGUCUCUCCUGUAUGGCCCCGACAGCUCAGCGGGGCCUGCCUCCGGAAGGGGAAGAGGGGAAGAGCCGUUGCGUAGGACCGCGUGGCAGGCCAGCUCUGUGGAGUACCGCGUGGAACUCUCACUGCCGGUGCGAGGAUUCGUAUUGCCCCAGCGGAUGCAGCGCCCCCAAGUGGACGCAUUUAGAAACCACUUCUUGCCGGCUCCCCUAAUUGAGUAUUUUCGCACAGAGCUUUCCCCAAAGGCCUGCCAGUUGUCUGAAACAGCCCCAAAAUGUUGACGCCGAAGAGCUGUUUUCUGUGCACAAGUGAUCUCUUUGACAAUGGAGAAAGUAUAACCUUUUAUGGGUCUUUCCAAAUCUCGUCUUGAAAACCACAAAAGGGAAAAGGAGACAGAAGAGGCACGGAAAGUACAAGAUGUUUUAUUAGUAGGAAGGCCAGAGAGCAGGCUUUCAAACGUAUUUCCCAACGAGGCUGUAUUGCUGUUUUCUAGUAGCUUGCCUCUUUCCUUAGAGAAAGUGGAAUGGGAGUGAUUUUCAUCACUUAGGAACGACAGAAAAAUCACGGACAGAAAGAUAAUUCCAAAAGAGCUGAAAUGCUGUGUUACACUCAGAGCAUGUAUCACUGCUCUCGUCUUCAUCACAAAUAAAGGGAUAUUCGGGUCUUCUUCAUAGGAGAUCGGUUCUCUCUCGGCCCAUGGAAAAAAUGCCAUGGUGCGUAUUGAAAGAGUUUGGAUGUGAGGUGCAAAAUUAGGAGGCUCCUGGCUCACCUGUACAUCCAGCCCUGCCCUGUGGCUCUCUGGGGACUUCCUGUUGAGAGGGGCAGGUCUGAGCCCAAGAAGGGCUCUGGUCUCUAGGGAUGCCUUGCUGUGUGGCUGCCACAGGGGAGGAGGGGGCAGAGAGAGUCUAGCUGAUGGAGAAAGAGGGGUGGGGUUUGCACAGUUGGGGAGGGCUCAGAGAACAUGUUCUGGUUGCACCUGACACCAGAGCCUUGUGCAUGUGUGUGGGAGGGAACCGGCUCCAGGGAGGCCGGAGACUGGCAGAAGGGGACUCUGGCAGGCUGAGACCCGGGUGGGUGCAGCGUGUGUCCCAGGGAUCCGCACGGGAGGGGCUGGAGGAAGAAGCCCAAGCGUCAGGCAGGCCCUUGGCCUCCCCGCCUUUCUCUCUGCGUGCCUUCCCCACUAACCCCCCUGGCUUUGACUGCUGCAGGCCAGGCAGGCCCUGAAGUCCUUCCUGGGUGGGGGCCUGGGGCGCCCACCGCCAUAGGAAUUCAGUAGCGUCAUGUUCUCAGGGGCACCCUGAGUGGUCAGAGGCGAGUGGCCAUCUUCAGACACAAAGAAAUGCUGGGGCCCAGGAGCUCCAGGUUGGGGGAGACAGCUGCGUGGGACCUCGGCCCCCUCUGCCCCUGCAGCAGCAGUAGGAGCUGUGCUCCAGGUCAGGCGCCCUUCACACGGAAGGAGUCUCAGGGCCCAGCCCAGAGUGCCUACCCCUGUACUGCAUGGCCGCGUCCCUGCCUGGGUUCACCCAGGACGGGUCUGCAGGCUGAAUCCCAGGACUGUGAGAACCGCGCAGUGGAGGGGCCUGGCCUCGCUCUGAGGUUUCUGCAUUUGGACACCUGCU